AUGCUUUUUGCUGGUUGGUUUCAUUAUCACAAAGCUGCUCCAAAAUUGGCUUGGUUCCAAGAUGUAGAAUCUAUGUUGAAUCACCAUUUGACAGGGCUCCUAGGGUUGGGGUCUCUUUUUUGGGUAGGACAUCAAAUACAUGUAUCUUUACCAAUUAACCAAUAUCUAAAUGUUGCAGUAGAUUCCAAGGAGAUACCACUUCCUCAUGAAUUUAUCUUAAAUCGGGAUCUUUUGGCUCAACUUUAUCCGAGUUUUGCCGCGGGAGCAACCCCAUUUUUUACCUUGAAUUGGUCAAAAUAUGGAGAAUUUCUAACUUUUCGUGAAGGAUUAGAUCCGGAUUAUGAGGCAAGAAACUACAUAAAUCAGAAAGUAGAAGUAAAGAGUGGGACACAUACAGAAGAGUACCUGCAAAAAUUAGAUGCAGCACUAGAGGUUGCUGGGCGUAGGUUUAACCCUGAGUUGGUAAUUUAUAAUGCGGGGACUGACAUCCUGGAAGGAGAUCCAUUAGGAAGGUUGCAGAUCAGUCCUGAAGGAAUUGCCCAUAGAGAUGAGAAAGUUUUCCGGUUUGCUCGUGAGAAUAACAUUCCCAUCGUCAUGCUCACUUCAGAUUCUUAG